AUGUCGCAACCCGUCGACUUCACAGACUCGAGAAUUGUUAUGGCAGAGCAGAGCAGCCACGAUGUGGUAAAUCAAACCCUGUCGGGCGGCGACCCUUCGCCUUCCGACGUUCCUGCGAGCACCAACGACAAGACACCUGCUGGAGGGGACGUGGGGGAGACCAAAAAUACCGCAACAUCAACACACACCGAAGAAACGAACGCGAACGCUGAGAAAAGUGGAGGAAGGAUGGACCCCACCGAAUUAUCAGGAGGGAAUGAUACAGGGAAGGACACUCGAAGCUCGUCGACCGACAUCUCCAGGAAUGGACCAGGAUCUGUUGCGACACGAGCAUUGGAAAUGAAUGGGGUAGGCUUUUCGUCGGAUGGUGGAGACGACACAGCUUCGCAGGGUGGUUCAGAAUCCGACGCCAGUCGAACAGAUAGCAGGCAUCCCGGGCGUGCUGGGUCAGUGAAGAAACCAGCAUCAUUCAAACCAGUCUCGUUUGCCAAGUUUUCGGUUCCAAAAGCCCCCGGGACGCCCGCCGCAACCAAACCUUCUGAUAAAGUGCCCUUGUCCUCUACAACGCCCCUAGGUGUACCGCCGCAAAGCUCACGGCCACGAUUAGUCGCUAAGACAACAGGAAGCUUACGUGACUCUUUAUCCAAGACGGGAACAAGUGCAGCCAAGCCAGGUGGUAGUGGACCUGAUCCGAAUCAAGUUUGGAACAAGAAUCGACCGGCUCAACCAACACCACCAAAACAUUUGACCGACGAAGAACUGAAGCAGCAGUACGGAAUUCACAUGACGUCUCGUAUUCAAGAAGACGGUGGUGGCACCGAAGGAAAAUGGGCCGACAUCGAGGACGAUGAAGAUGACUGGGCUCCGGAGACAAUUGAAUGGACUGAUGGGACAAAGACUAAUCUCACGCAAUCAGAGAGCGCACAACCCGUUGGACAACAACCUGACAACCCUCCAGCACCAGUAGAGCCGCAGAAUGUCCCCCCUCCAGCAGAACAAGCCCCUGCUGUCAGCGAGACAGCGAAAUUUACUCCCAAGCCUACGACAUCCAUUGGACCGAAUCCUACUGUUCUCAGACUGGGGGCAAACGCAGAAAGACAAGCAAAGAACGCUAGCAUCUCCUCCAAGGGAAUAAACGACAAGUCAUCAGCAUCCACAAGUCCAGCACCUCCCCCGGCCAAAUCACCUUGGGCACCUUUGCCCCCCGUCGAGAGAGCGUCUCCCAUCAUUCACCCAGUCCAAGCCCAGCCUCCACCACGCCCCCCUGUUAGAGAACUUCCUGUGAACGAUGGAUAUAGCGCCCCUCUUCCACCGAAAGAGAUUGAAGCGGAUGAUUUUAACCGAUCAUGGAAGGAAAUUCAAUCUGGAACCCCCCGAGAGCUCUACAAUUCCAGAUCGGGUCGCUAUGAGCCUGUAUCUGAAACAAGAAAGGGAGCUUGGCGGAACGAGCAAAGCCUUCGUGCUCCGUCUGUCUUGCAGCGACCUAUGAUGGGCGAGCAAGUAGGACCUGCAGAGCCUUCUCCAGCGUUCCAAACACACCGGUCAAGUGGCCCAGAUGGUGGACACUGGACUCGUCGCCGCACCUCAUCUAAUGUGAGCGGAGGAAGUGGAAGUUUUGGUCGUCGGAUGUCGAUUGGCCGGCCUGAAGUAGGCCAGAGAAGUUUUGAGACUAAAAGGGGAUCUCAGGUGAAUGGAAUUGUCGAUCCGUCGAUUUCAUCUCAUGAGAUGCUGUCUUCAAAUGAAGCAUCCUUGCAGGAGUUUCCGCCGGUUCGGCAAGCUCAAGGUCCAGCCUGGCCACGACGCACUUCAGUGAAUAUGAACGACCCGAUUUCCGAAGAACUCGUUCCGGCACCACCAACGGGCCAAGAAGACCCGGUUGCGAUGCAGGAGCGUAUAAUGAAAGAGAAGAGAAUGGAAGCACGGCAGCGUAGAAUUGAACAAGAGGAAAAGGAAGAGGCUGCGAAAAGAGAACGGAUUCGGCAGAAGCUCGAAGCUUUGGGGCCGCCGCCUGAAAAAUCGCAGACUCACCCUAAGGAUUCUUCAGAAAGCAAUAAGCCUGAAGCUCCUGCUCCCACCAAUACUGCAAUGACCUCUCAUUCGCCCCCUAAGCCACCUGUUCCUGAGCCCACUGGAGAGCCUAAGCAAUAUGGAAUGAUGAAGGUACAUCAUCCUGACACCGUGAGAAGGCUUGUUGCUGCGAAUGAAAGAGAUAGGGCUGCUGAAAAACCUGUGCCGCCCCCCCGGCGCAUCCCUUCGCCAUCCCGUGAACCUCAGCCUGAUGCUGCAAUUACAAAUGGAUUCCAACACCCGGCUGAAUCUCAAACAAAACAGGUUCCUGGCAAGUAUCCCGAACCAAAGGUUGAUGAGCAAGGCCCCCAGUGGCGGAACAGUCUAAAUGUCUCGAGCUCAUAUUCUACAUGGUCUCCAAACACCAAGCUUGUUGGAUCAUCUUCCAUUGCAAACCCCUGGAAACCUCUCAGUAAUGACAGAACCUUGGGCAAUGGUAUAUUUGAACAGAGCCUGGGUGGCUUUCCAGCUAGGGAUCUUCCCCUCCGUACCCAUCUGGCUCUAGACCAGCCGCCUAUUGCCCCGGGCCCACAGGCAUUCUCUGCCCCUUCACGAUCACCGCAGGAAAAUACGACGAUACCAACCUUGCCAUCUCCUGAAGUCAGACUUGCACCAUACGACUCCGUGAGUCCCAUCGUGCGCCCUGGGCCAAUUGGACCCCCAAGCUCGCAGCAACCUCAGUGGCAGCCGGAAUCUCGUGUUACCGGAACCGCAGCAUGGAACAACUUCCACGCUGUUGCAGCCAAGCGUGAAGCAGAAGAGAGCGAGAAGCUUCGCAAUGAGAUGAUCCGCGAUGGCCCAUCGUCACUACAGGUCACCUUCAAUGAAACCUGGCGGCAAGUUCGAACUGGAGACCAGUCUGGCCAGAGGCAGGUUGUUGGUAUCUCUAGAGGGGAAGGGAAUGCACCGGCAUCAAACCCUCUCACUGGUCUCGACCAUCCUGCUUCCAGUCUUCCUUUCUCAGAAAGUCAUUCACGCCCUCUUGGUAGUGUUCCUGUUCGUAGUUCGCGAUUCUUCCCUCAUGCAACAGAACACUCCAAGAAGCCCACGGCCGAGGAAGGAGAUUAUGUACGAAGUCCUUCGCCACCACCGCCAGAGGAAGUUUCUAGUCAUCCCGUGUUUACUGGUGACUCGAAUAGGCCUUUGGUCCAUCUUCCUGCCCCCAAACCCGUUGUUAAACUCCCCCCGAAGGUUGUGGCUCCACCACCGCCGCCGCCUACCUUUGCUUCUAUGGCCGCUGCACCUCCACGUCCUGCUGCACAGCCUCUUUCCUGGCAAGAAAAAUUUAACGGACUCUUCGGCAAGAAGACAGUGCCCCAAAAAAAGAAUGCUCUAGAGGUUUUACCUGCUUCCAAAGAGCCUCUUGACGUUCCGUUACAUAUUGCCGCUGUUUCAGUCUCUCUGCCUCACAAUAUUGAGGGCAUUGAGUGUAUUGAGGGCAGCGAUGUUCAUAUCGGAGACGGGGAGGUGACCGCUAAGCAGGUUGAAGAAGCGGAGGAAAUGUUUGAAGAUCGCGAAGUGGGAUCUUUGCCUGUUGUCAGAGUACCCAACAUGGCUCCUCCAGCAGCUUGGCGUGCUGCGCCGCCGCCUUCGCAAUCUCGACUACGGUCUAAAAAUCUGAAACCAAUGCAGGUUCACAGUAUUGAGCCAUAUACGUUUGGAUUCUAUGAUAAAGACGCUUCUGGCAGUAUUCAGAUUUCAAUCCGCCUUCCGGGGGCAAUAAUUGCAAAGACCGUGAUCCUUCCUAAGAAGCCUGGAAUCCACAACCCUCGACCGCGGGGUACUUCCAGUUUCAAGCCUCGCAAAAGCACAAAACCUCGGGAAGGACCUGGAAGCUCGAACACCAAGAAACAAGCUUCGUCUCAGCAAGCCAGUGCGGGCGGCUCUUCUCGAAGCCAGUCCAAGAAUGCAUCCUGGGGUCCACGUACAUUUAGUGGGUCUCGUUAG